CCUAAAACCAAAAUAUUAGAACGAAGACAGAAGCAUGGCUCACCAUAUUUCAUUUCUUUGGAUAGUUUUGGUCCUGCUUCUUCAGAAUUCUGUAUUAGCUGAAGAUGGGGAAAUAAGAUCAAGUUGUCGUACUGCUCCGACAGAUUUAGUUUUCAUCUUAGAUGGCUCUUACAGUGUUGGCCCAGAAAACUUCGAAAUAGUGAAAAAGUGGCUUGUCAAUAUCACAAAAAACUUUGACAUAGGACCGAAGUUUAUUCAGGUUGGUGUGGUCCAGUAUAGUGACUACCCUGUAUUGGAGAUUCCUCUUGGCAGUCAUGAUUCAGGAGAGAAUUUGAUGGCAGCAGUGGAAUCCAUACAUUACCUGGGCGGAAACACAAGAACUGGAAAGGCCAUCCAGUUUGCGCUUGAUUACCUUUUUGCCAAAUCCUCACGGUUUCUGACUAAGAUAGCAGUAGUACUUACAGAUGGUAAAUCCCAAGAUGAAGUUAAAGAUGCAGCAGAAGCAGCAAGAGACAGUAAAAUAACAUUAUUUGCUAUUGGCGUUGGUUCAGAAACAGAAGAUGCAGAACUUAGAGCAAUUGCCAAUAAGCCUUCAUCUACUUACGUGUUUUAUGUGGAAGACUAUAUUGCAAUAUCCAAAAUAAGGGAGGUGAUGAAGCAGAAACUUUGUGAAGAAUCUGUCUGUCCAACACGAAUUCCAGUGGCAGCUCGUGAUGAGAAAGGGUUUGAUAUUCUUUUAGGCUUGGGUGUAAAGAAAAAGGUUAAGAAAAGAAUCAUGCUUUCACCAACAAAGAUAAAAGGAUAUGAAGUGACAUCAAAAGUUGACUUAUCAGAAUUCACAAGCAAUGUUUUCCCUGAAGGUCUUCCUCCAUCAUAUGUAUUUGUCUCCACUCAGAGAUUUAAGGUCAAGAAAAUGUGGGAUCUAUGGAGAAUUUUAACCAUUGAUGGAAGGCCACAAAUAGCUGUUACCUUAAAUGGUGUGGAUAAAACGUUACUAUUUAUAACAACCAGCAUAAUUAAUGGCUCACAAGUGGUCACUUUUGCUGACUCUCAAGUUAAGAUAUUAUUUGAUGAAGGCUGGCAUCAAAUUCGUCUCUUAGUAGCAGAACAAGAUGUGACUCUGUAUAUUGAUGAUCAACAAAUUGAAAACAAGCCAUUACAUCCAGUUUUAGGGAUCUUCAUCAGCGGGCAAACUCAAAUCGGAAAGUAUUCUGGGAAAGAAGAAACCGUUCAGUUUGAUGUCCAGAAGUUGCGAAUCUACUGUGACCCAGAACAGAACAACCGAGAGACAGCAUGCGAGAUUCCUGGAUUUAAUGGUGAGUGCCUCAACGGUCCCAGUGAUGUAGGUUCAACUCCAGCUCCCUGUGUUUGUCCUCCAGGAAAACCAGGACUGCAAGGCCCCAAAGGUGAACCUGGACAGCCUGGGAACCCUGGCUACCCUGGACAAUCUGGUCAAGAUGGUAAGCCUGGAUAUCAGGGAAUUGCAGGAUCACCAGGUGUCCCAGGAUCCCCAGGAAUACAGGGAGUCCGAGGGCUACCAGGUUACAAAGGAGAACCAGGGAGAGAUGGUGAAAAGGGUGACCAUGGACUUCCUGGUUUUCCUGGGCUUCAUGGAAUGCCAGGAUUAAAGGGUGAAAUGGGCCCCAAAGGAGAUAAAGGAUCAACUGGAUUUUAUGGCAAAAAGGGUGCAAAAGGUGAAAAGGGGAAUGCUGGAUUUCCUGGCCUUCCUGGACGUGCUGGAGAACCAGGAAGACAUGGAAAGGAUGGAUUAAUGGGUAGUCCUGGUUACAAGGGAGAAGCAGGACCUCCAGGUGCUCCAGGUCAGGAUGGAUCACAAGGAGAGCCUGGAAUGCCAGGAUUUCCUGGAAACCAAGGAUUAAUGGGACAAAAAGGAGACAUUGGGCCUCCAGGACCACUAGGAAAAAAAGGAGCUCCAGGGAUUCCUGGUUUGAUGGGACAUGAUGGCUUGCCCGGUCAGCCUGGAACACCAGGAUCUAAGGGCAAUAAAGGUGAACCUGGACUUAAAGGGAUGCCUGGGGCUUCUGGACUAAAGGGAGAACCAGGGGCAGUAGGUCUCCCGGGAGAACCAGGAUACCUGGGUUUACCUGGAAUUCAAGGAAAAAAGGGGGACAAAGGAAGUGAAGGUGAAAGAGGCAUUCAGGGCCAAAAGGGAGAAAAUGGAAGACAAGGGAUCCCAGGGCAACAGGGAAUUCAAGGCCAUCAUGGUGCAAAAGGAGAGAGAGGUGAAAAGGGAGAGCCUGGUGUCAGAGGUGCCACUGGACCAAAAGGAGAGUCUGGGGUGGACGGCCUGAUGGGGCCUGUGGGUCCCCAGGGGCAGCGUGGGGUAGCAGGUCCUCAGGGACCUCCAGGAUUGGAUGGGAAACCCGGGAGAGAAUUUUCAGAACAGUUUAUUCGACAAGUUUGCACUGAUGUAUUAAGAGCUCAGCUACCAGUCUUACUUCAGAGUGGAAGAAUUCAAAGUUGUGAUCAUUGCCAGUCCCAACACGGUUCCCCUGGUAUUCCUGGGCCACCCGGUCCCAUAGGCCCGGAAGGUCCUCGAGGAUUUCCUGGUUUGCCAGGAAGAGAUGGUGUUCCUGGGUUAGUGGGUGCUCCUGGACGUCCAGGUGCCAGAGGAUUAAAAGGUCUACCAGGAAGAAAUGGGGCAAAAGGGAACCAAGGGUUUGGGUACCCCGGAGGACAAGGUCCUCCUGGUCCCCCAGGUCCGGAGGGCCCUCCUGGAAUAAGCAAAGAAGGUCCUCCAGGAGACCCAGGUCUCCCAGGCAAAGAUGGAGAUCAUGGAAAACCUGGAAUCCAAGGGCAACCAGGACCCCCUGGCAUCUGCGAUCCAUCGCUAUGUUUUAGUGUAAUUGUCGGAAGAGAUCCAUUUAGAAAAGGACCAAACUAUUAGUGUCUGAUGCCUCACUCAGCAACCUAGGCAUGGUGCUUUUCUCUUGUGGUCUUUUGCAUCUCAGGAAGAUAACAACAGUAAUCCCUUGAAAAGAAACUAAAGUACCUCGGUGUUUUUAUUAUUAUUUUUUUCUUAAGGAAAAAUAUAUAAAAGGUCACAUAUACUGAUUCUAGAGACUCUGCAGUAAUUCAAGAGCCUUUAGAUUAGUAGCAUUAACUAAAUCUCAAGGGUUUCUUGUAAGUCCAUUUAUUUGAAUCAAAGUUGAACAUUAAAAAAAACCCACCCUUGCCUGUUACCAGUCAAUUUCAGUCACUGUGAAAUAUUUCACAUUCAGCCUC